AUGUCUAAUAAUACAAGCGGGAACGGUAAUAACACGAUACUGAUGUGGGCCGGAUUGCCCUCAUUGCAGAUUGCUGUUUAUUCCGUAGCCAUCGUUGUUGGAACUGUUGGAAACUUCUUCGUUUGCCUGAUAAUGUUCGGAGGCAGGCGAAAGCAAAUAGCCACGGAAUUACUAGUUGGGAAUCUUGCAAUUGCCGAUUUGAUUAUAUCGGCCAUAACUCUAACCUUUACUCUAGGUUGGACGAUACAAAAUUUAUAUCCUUAUGGAGAAUUCUGGUGUCGUUUUGGACAGUUCUUAUUUGCUGAAGCAGCUGCAGUCUCUAAUUGGACAUUAGCUGCAAUUAGUAUUGAUCGAUAUAUAUUAGCUUUUCAUUCAGAAAAAAAAAUAAGCCGGAAACAAUCCAUAAUUCUGAUUGCUUGUAUCUGGAUCAUUAUCGUAAUUAUAAGUUCGCCAUUACUAUUUAUCUAUAAAAUUCAAUAUUUUGAGUAUGGAAUUUCCAGGGAAUUUCGGCCUUAUUGUAUUGAAGACUGGCCACAUAUUUCUAACAAGCGAUCUUACACAAUGGCAUCCUUUGCGUUGUUGUUCGUCCUGCCUGUUAUAAUAAUAAUUUUUACGCAUGGGAGAAUUGUUAUAGAUUCGUGUGCUACACGUAGGAAUUUAAAUUCAGAUAGAAUUGAGAUGGAAAAUUCCAAUAUUACAAAUCAACAGCUCGAAGCGAAAACUGUUACAAAUAAUAAUAUCGAUGGCACAGAAACUGAAACCAAAACUGUUAAGCGCCUCUCUAACACAACUCAAAGUACUCAGCCGGCUCAGACCCAAACAAUCUCAGUAAAUAGUGAUCAUGCUAAUCACACCGAAGAUCCUACUGACCGUAAGCAUUCAGAAACGCAUUUGCCAUCAGCAGAUUAUCAAAAACGCAAAUACACACCAGAUACUCAAACACUUAUCAAAGCAUCAACAAUUGUCGUGGUAUUUUUUUUAAUAGCCUGGAUUCCAUACUACAUCAUGCUUAUAAUUAGUGAACGCAUUCUUAUUCGCGACGCUACAUUUUCCCUCUUGUAUCCACUUUUCGCGCUAAUCGCCUUCGCUCAAUCAGCUGCAAAUCCCGUUAUUUAUUUCUCGUUGAGCAAAAAAUUCCGAGCAGAUGUGUACGUGUAUCUGUUCGCUCUCUGUUAUAUCCUGUUUGGCUGUUUUUUUAGACAUGAAGUAGAAUAUUCCGGAGAAUCCAUAGAGGACGAUCAAAUCCGUCGUCUCAAAGAUUAUCAAACCAGAAAUAUUGCUCAAGAGAGAAUAUUAUUUAAUAGUUCGAAAGGUGAAAGUACGAUAGUGUGA